AUGAGGAAAGAAAUAAAGAAAGUAUUGAUUGCGAAUCGCGGAGAGAUCGCGGUGCGCAUUAUCCGUGCUUGUUACGAUUACGGCGUCAGAUCAGUUGCGGUAUACUCAGACCUGGACGUGGACUCGCCUUUCGUUCGCCUUGCCGAUGAAGCCUAUGGGCUGAAGGGAUUCCAAACAGCCGAUACCUACCUCAAUAUCGAUAAGCUUAUUGCUGCAGCGAAACAGUCCGGGGCAGAUGCCAUUCACCCAGGAUACGGGUUUCUAUCUGAACGGGCGGAAUUCGCUCAAGCAGUCCUGAAUGCAGGGCUGACCUGGAUCGGGCCUGAUCCAAGUGUGAUUGAGGCACUUGGUGAUAAGGUUGAGGCGCGACGCAUUGCGCUACGCGUCGGUGCGCCGCUGGUAGCCGGCAGCGAUGGCCCUGUGUCAACGGCAAAAGAAGUGGUAGCAUUUGCGAGACAGCAUGGCCUACCAAUUGCGAUAAAAGCCGCCCAUGGAGGUGGUGGUCGCGGUUUGAAGGUGGCUUGGAGGAUGGAUGAGGUAGCAGAUUGUUAUGAAUCUGCCGUCAGGGAGGCAACGGCGGCCUUUGGUCGGGGGGGAUGUUUCAUAGAACGAUAUCUCGACCGUCCGCGACAUAUCGAGGCUCAGGUUCUAGCUGACAAGCAUGGUAACGUGGUGGUGGUCGGAACGCGCGAUUGCUCCGUACAAAGACGACAUCAAAAGUUGAUCGAGGAAGCUCCAGCUCCAUUCUUGAUUGUCGGGCAGCGAGAGAAGAUUCAGAAUGCCGCUCAGUCAAUAUGUGCUGCGGCUGGUUAUUCCGGUGCUGGCACUGUAGAAUUUCUUCUAGGAGCCGAUGGCAGCGUCUCUUUCCUAGAGGUCAAUACCCGACUUCAGGUUGAGCACCCCGUGACGGAAGAGACCACAGGGCUUGACUUGGUCGUGGAGCAGCUUCGUAUUGCCGAGGGACAUCCGCUAAACAUCUCGUCUCCCAUUCCUCCCCGGGGUCAUUCCAUCGAAUUCCGCAUCAAUGCAGAGGACCCUGGUCGAGGGUUCCUACCAACCCCUGGCCAGAUCACGACUUUUCAGCCACCUUCUGGCCCCGGCAUCCGUCUAGACAGUGGUGUCGCUCAAGGGUCGACCAUUCCGGCUGUUUACGACUCCCUAAUGGCGAAGUUGAUCGUCUCUGGCGCAACCCGUGAGCAGGCACUGCGUCGUGCCCGUCGUGCGCUGAAAGAAUUCCACAUCACCGGGGUAGCGACAGUUCUCCCGUUCCACACUGAGACGCUUAACUCUGACGAUUUCCUGGGUACUAAUGGCUUUAAUGUGCACACGCGCUGGGUGGAAACUGAUUUCUUGGUGACACUGGCCCCCGCUCCACGACCGGACCCAGCACCCGAACAGGAGCUCAUUCGGACUCAUCUGGAGAUUGAUGGCAAGCUGGUAUCUGUGGGCCUGCCAAGCCUGCUCCUGAGCGGAAUCGGGUCGGUAGCAUCCUCUUCACCUAGUGCCAAUAAACAAAAACUAAAGAAAGAUACCGGAGACAUUCUAGCACCAGUCUCUGGAACGCUUCGAGCCUUCAAGGUCCCUGACAGUGCGUGUGUCCGUAAGGGCGAUGUACUGGCAAUUAUGGAGGCGAUGAAAAUGGAAACACAAGUCACUGCACCGAGAGACGGGAUUGUACGCCUUCUCACCAAAGAGGGUGAAUAUGUGCAGGCAGGGAGCGUGAUACUUACGUUUGAGCAAGAGGAGCUCAUGUUCAAGAAUUGA